CAAGAUGAUAUCAUUUCACAACUCUCAGAUAUAAAACAACCAAGAAUUCCCGAACAAGAUAUCAUUCCUGAAUAUACCAUCCAACCAGUCAGUUCUUCGCUUAGACAAAAUGAAAACCAUCAUCGUCUUCCUCGCCCUUGUGGCCCUCGCCCUUGGCCAGUGCGUUCGCGAUGACAGCAACGGACAACCGGCCUGCAAUGCCGUCGAACUGGCGCAAGGACUCUGGCGCAACAACUGGGAUCCCACCGCCUACUGGCAGUGCACGACGUUGAACACCCCAGCCACCCCCCAACGCUGCCCGACCGAGGGAAUGUUCGAUUCCGCCACGCUGACUUGCAUCCGCUGGGACCAGUGGGUCUGGACCGAAACCUGCAAGCCACCGAGCGCACUUUGAAUGCACUGAUUAAGCGAGAAAGAUGGUUUUCGGAAAUAAAUUAGCUAUCUAAGCGAA